GGAGCAGCGUCAAAGCACAAGGACCACUCAGCGCAUCGCCACUAUGUCGAGAUCCUUCUACGUCGAUUCUCUGAUAAUCAAAGACAGUGCCGCGCGCCCCGCGCCCCUGAGCGAGCACGCGGGGCAGGAGUUCCUCAUCCCCAUCAGCGUGCACUCCCCCAGCGUCAUGACCGUCUCGGCGCCGGUGUGUCCCUCCAGGAAGAGCGGCACCUUCUGCGUGUGCCCCCUCUGCGUCACGUCGCACAUCCACUCUCCGCGCAGCGGCAUCCCCGUGCUCAAGAGUCAGUUCCCAAGCGGGGAGUCCCAGUACUGUCAAAGACUGGGGCACCAGCCGAGCCCCGCGCUGGGCCACCCCGGACACGCACCUGUGUGCAGCCCGACCUACAGCGUCACCGAUCCCAGGAGGUUCCACUGCCUUUCAUUGGGAGCGUCCGAAAGCAGCCACAUCCAGAGCGGUAAGAGGAUGCGCACAGCUUUCACCAGCACGCAGCUUCUGGAGCUGGAGAGGGAGUUCUCCUCAAACAUGUACCUGUCGCGCCUGAGGAGAAUUGAAAUUGCGACCUACUUGAGCCUCUCGGAGAAGCAGGUGAAGAUCUGGUUUCAGAAUCGCAGAGUCAAGCACAAGAAGGAGGGCAAAGGCGCGCAGAGGAAUGCGCACAGCGAGUGCAAGUGCUCCGGCGGCCACGGGCACUACUCCCGCUCGGAGGACGAGGAGUCCCUGUCCCCCGCGUCGGCAUCGGAAGAGAAGGAGAUAUCGCCGGUUUAAAGACCUUCGCGGUGACAGCCCAGUAAGACAACACACGAUUCCCCGGCGCCUGCUCUCCCCAAACAUGGACAUUUGAGGAAGAGAACUGUUGUUUCCAAACUCUGACGAAGGUUCUCUCCCGGGACACUCCUAAUAGCUCCGGCUUUCCCAAGAUUUGAUUAAAGACCUGUCCCUGACUUUGUAACAGUUUUUGUAUUAUAUUUAUUUUACUUCGGGAUUUUUUUCCCAUGUUAUUUUCUUUAUGUAAAGGAAAAAAACAACAACAAUUGAUGGGUGUAUUCCGAUUAUUCAAAACAGGUCUACUGACGAAAUGUUAGAAAUGGUUUAAGGAAAACUGCUCUUCUGAUUUAAGAGAAAGGUGAAGUAGAGGUAACAUGUGAAAGAAGUACACCUCUUAUAUGGGCGGUGUGAGGUCAAGGUCGUGAGAUAUGCUAAAUUUCGAAGUCGCUUUCUAUGAGAGAGAAAUAACAUUGGAAAGAUAAACACUCCCGAUUUACAUUAAAAUGUUGUCACGAUAAUUGGACCCUGUUAAAUAAUGUAGGUCUUCGAACGAAUCUGUAAAUAGAUAAGGUAUAUACUGUGAUUGUUUUCCUUACUUUUGUAUGGAUAGUUUUAUAUGAAAUGUGUA